AUGAAGUCCUAUAUCCAGGGUAUGUUCAAGUCUUCUUUUACUGCCUUAGGGCUUGAGGUCCGCGACUUAAUUGAAGACCGGUUUACCAAAUUAGAGCAGACGAUCCUUUCAUCUCAGACUCCAGUUGGUGUUCCGGCUUAUACUCAGCCUCAUGGUCCUGCUCCGACUUAUAUUCAGACUCAUGGUCAUGCUCCGGCUUAUACUCAUACUCCUGCUGCUGCUACGACAUCUACUCAUACUCAUGCUGCUGCUACGACAUCUACUCAAGCUCCUACUCCUACUCCGGCGUCUACUCACGCUAGUGGUCCUGCUACUACUUCCCGCGCUCGAGCUUCUCGCGACAAAGCUUCGGUUCCUUCUCACACUGGUGGUCCUGCAACUGCUGCUAAGACAAGGUCUCAGACAAAGGAUCCAGAGUUGUCUGAUGUGUUUGGCAGCUUAUUUGACACUUUAGAUGUCAAUUUAGGGACCCAAGAGGACUUAGAAAAGACAAUGGGCAACCUUACACAAGAGUCCCAUGUUAAAGGGUUUGAUCCAUCUCAAGAUUUCUUCAACCGACCAUUCUUGAAUGAUAUAGAUGAUCCAGAAGUUCGUUGCAAAGACAGCGACUACGAAUUGGUUUUUGUUCCAGAAGACAAAUUCUCCAAACUAACCGAAUGGAUCCUCAAGCCCAAAGUACUUCAGAUUGGGCCAUCUAAAUUUGAUGCAGAGUUGGCUUCGCGUAUAAUGGGGCCUAAUGAAUGGUUGAAGAACUAUGACAUGGAGGCAAUGAUGUAUUUGUUUCGGGAAAAAACCUCAUUGCGUCGGUGGAAGCCAAACCGAGUAACAUUUCUGAAUUGUAUGUUCAGUAAUCAGAUCAUCACCGCCUACGGCAAGUUUGAUGGGAACAGGAGAGGGUACAAAGUCGACAACAACCUUCUCGAGUAUGGAAGAGGUGAGCUUCCAUAUCAUGGAAGCACAGGUUCGGUUUGGGGUGUUGAUGUCGAUCGUCUCUACAUCCCUAUUUGUGUCAACCAAAUCCAUUGGAUCUCUAUGUGCGUCAAUCUUGUGAACCGGACUGUUGAGGUUUUUGAUUGUGAAGGUAAGAAGAACAACAAGGCCGUGGAAGCAUUCGCCGUCCUCAUUCCACGAAUCGUCAAGGCUGUCCAGUCAUCAGAUAAGAAGAAAGAUUUUAAUGUCAAACAGUAUGCUGUUUCUUAUGUCCCGAUGCGCGCCCUAAACACGAGUGGCAAUGACUGUGGUGCUUAUUCGUUGAAGUUCAUAGAGUGCCAUCUACUUGGUUUAGAUUUCUCUUUGGUGAAUGACGAGAACAUCCAAGAAGCCCGACACAAGAUAGCGUUUGAUCUUUGGGAAGCAGCAAAUGAUGAGUCCUUGCAGUAUCGAAUGUCCACAUUUAAGCCUCCAAAGCGUGCUCCGGAGAAAACGGUUGAACUCUUUUGA